GCGACGGUACUGGAGGAGAUGCCUCCCUUCCCCGGAGCGCGAAUCCUCUAUCCUCGCGACGCUGAAGAAGAAGAAACCGUCGGCUCUGCGCGACGGACAGAUCGAGGACUCUAAGGUACAGAAGGAAGGCAAGAUGACGAACGGCACCGAGAUGCAGGGGAAGGCCAUGCCGGGAUCCUCCCCUCCUCAGGUGCAGUCCCCCGUCGGCGGCGGGCGUGGUCUUGAUCUGCUGGGACUGGAGACCCGGCGCAGCCGGCAUCGGGUCUGUGACGUCAGCGCCAGCCGCUCCCGCCAGCAGCCGUCCUGCUCGACCUAUUCGGCGAGGCCGUUCGGGCCGCAGUUCGCCCCCGAGCGCGCCUCCCUACGUUCACGGCGGGCGGCGGCGCGCGCGCGUGCGCGCAGGAGAAUUUCACCGGCGGGCGGCGAGCAGGAGAAUUUCACCGGGCGGGAGCACGUCGGAACGAUCCGUAAGAGUUGCAGUGAUGUAGGCGGGAGGGCGCGGCAUGCAGUGGGGGAGCGGCGGGGCGAAGGGCGGGAGCCAGGGGUGUGA